AUGAGAGAAAGGAGAAGAAAGAAUGACCUUGCAGGAGUAAUAAAUAGAAGUACAGAUUACGGAACUAGAAAUUCCUAUAAUUCAGAAGAGACUAGCAAAAUAGAUAAAAUGAAAUUAAAGUAUACGCUAGACACAAAUUACAGGGAUCUCAAAAAAGCAAGUUCAAAAAAGAAAUAUGCAGAAGACAAAGGAUAUAAAGAGUCUAAGAUUAACGCUUCAAUUGGGAAAUAUCGUUCGAACACAGAACACAGAGAAAAUGUUAAAAUAGCAUCAAAGAAAAAAUACCAGUGCAAUGACGAGUUCAGAGAAAGUGUGAAAACUGCAUCAAAGCUAAAAUAUGAGACCAAUCUAGAGCAUAAACUUUAUAAAAUAAAUGCAUCAAAGAGGCUAUACCAGUGCAAUGAAGAGUUCAGAGAUCACGUGAAAAUUGCAUCAAAGAAAAAAUAUGAGACCAAUGAAGAGCACAAACAGAAUAAGAUAUAUGCAUCAAAGAGAAAAUAUCAGUGCGAUGAUGAGUUCAGAGAUCAUAGAAAAUAUCAGUCCGAUGAUGAGUUCAGAGAUCAUGUGAAGUGUGCAUCAAAGAAAAAAUAUGGGGCCGAUAAAGAGUUCAGAGAUCAUGUGAAGUGUGCAUCAAAGACAAAAUAUGGGACCGAUAAAGAGUUCAGAGAUCAUGUGAAGUGUGCAUCAAAGACAAAAUAUGGGAGCGAUAAAGAGUUCAGAGAUCAUGUGAAAUCUGCAUCAAAGAAAAAAUAUGAGACCAAUGAAGAGCACAAACAGAAUAAGAUAAAUGCAUCAAAGAGAAAAUAUCAGUGCGAUGAUGAGUUCAGAGAUCAUGUGAAGUGUUCAUCGCAGAAAAAAUAA